UCCGUGGCGAGGGAAGAAGUACUGUAGUAGUAGUAGUAGCAGUUAGUGACUGGUGGUGAGUGGUGACGCACACUCGUAUCAUAACAUCACAAUUUUUUCCUUGUCCGAUUCGACUCAGCAAUGGUUAGCUUGACUCGGAGCAACUCGCUACUAUUUGAUGCCGGGAUAACUCUAUCGUUGAUGAAAUUCUUUCUCGGUUUGGAUCCACCUUCGGUUUCAGUGACAAGUGGAGCUUGCUCGUAGUAUCGCCUUCUGCUGCUCCUCGCCGUUGAUUUUUCUUCCCAAUUGCUUAGAUCUGAACCACUUUUAAAGCAAUCAACGGCGUCGCUCAUGUCUAUCGGUUUAUUGAAGAAUGUUCAAGACCUGUUGCUUAAACGGUUGCUCGUUAUAUUCUGCUUGUUGUUUGUUAUUGAGUCUGGUGCAAGUGAUAUAGGACGCCAACCCCCAUCGUUAGCUUCAGACAGAUCACUACUAGUAGAUGACCACGGGUCGAAGCAUUUCUCCUUUCAUGGUACACCAGUUGUAGCAGUUUCACCAGCCAAUCCUCCUUCAUAUGGUCCUUUUAUGAGUACUAGUCAUCCCCCUGGAAGUUCACAUUUCUCCGUACCAUUCAAGAAGAAGACUGAAUUACAACCUCCGAUUUCUGGAUUUAAAGAUAUUGCUCCUGUACAUUCUGCUGGAGCUGCAACUCCUUCUGCUUUGGCUCAGCCACCAUUGGCCCCUUAUGUUUCCAAUUGUUGUAAACAAGACAUGGUAUUGAAACGAGGCAGUAAGAGUUGCCAGUGUGUGUAUCCAAUAAAGCUAGACCUUCUGCUUUUGAAUGUUUCUCAAAGUCGUACUUGGAAUGAUUUUCUUGAUGAGUUAGCUACUCAUCUUGGGCUACGCAGCACCCAGAUUGAGCUGAUAAAUUUCUAUGUAAUCGGUUUAUCAACAUUAAAUAUGUCAAUGGAUAUUACACCAUAUAAAGGGAUCGGUUUCUCUGCCAGCGAAGCAGCUAGGAUAAACUCGUCACUUUCAAUGCAUAAGAUUCAACUGGACCCUAAAUUAGUGGGUGACUACAAAGUCAUCAAUAUAACUUGGUUUCAACCACCGCCUCCUUCUCCAGCUCCUGCUUUUGCUGCAUCACCUGUGAAUACUCCUCUGUAUCAUUCACCUACUGCUGAAUCAUCAAGUUCAUCGAAUAGUGGAAGGCAUUCAAAUUUGUUUCUUAUACUUGGAAUUGCUAUAGGCUUACUCUUCAUUGCGAUCAUAUCUAUACUUGUACUUUGUUUAUGUACAUUGUUGCCGAAGGCAAAAGAACCUCCUGUUGAAAGUGAAAAGCCGAGGACAGAAAGUACUGUUUCAGCUGUGGGUUCGCUUCCCCAUCCAUCUAGCACAAGGUUUAUUGCAUAUGAAGAACUUAAAGAGGCAACAAACAAUUUUGAACCUGCAAGUGUACUUGGAGAAGGAGGGUUUGGUAGAGUUUUUAAAGGUGUCUUAAAUGAUGGUACUGCUGUAGCAAUAAAGAGACUCACUAGUGGAGGGCAACAGGGUGACAAAGAGUUUCUUGUUGAGGUUGAGAUGCUUAGCCGGUUGCAUCAUCGUAACCUUGUAAAACUAGUGGGAUAUUAUAGCAAUCGGGAUUCAUCUCAAAAUCUACUUUGUUAUGAGCUUGUCCCUAAUGGAAGUUUGGAGGCCUGGCUUCAUGGUCCCUUGGGAAUCAAUUGUCCUUUGGAUUGGGACACCAGAAUGAAGAUUGCGCUUGAUGCUGCAAGAGGACUUUGUUACCUCCAUGAAGACUCACAACCCUGUGUGAUACACAGAGACUUCAAGGCAUCAAACAUAUUGCUUGAGAACAACUUUCAUGCUAAAGUAGCAGAUUUCGGUCUUGCUAAGCAAGCACCUGAAGGCAGAGCUAAUUACUUGUCUACUCGUGUCAUGGGAACUUUUGGGUAUGUAGCUCCUGAGUAUGCCAUGACCGGGCACCUUCUUGUUAAGAGUGAUGUCUAUAGCUACGGGGUUGUCUUGCUGGAGCUGCUUACUGGAAGGAAACCUGUGGACAUGUCACAGCCAACUGGACAAGAGAACCUUGUAACUUGGGCUAGGCCAAUCCUUAGAGACAAGGACAGGUUGGAAGAGAUUGCUGAUCCAAAACUUGGGGGAAAGUAUCCAAAGGAAGAUUUUGUACGUGUUUGCACCAUUGCUGCUGCUUGUGUUGCUCCUGAAGCAAACCAACGACCAACAAUGGGUGAAGUGGUGCAGUCACUUAAAAUGGUGCAGCGCAUCACAGAAUACCAGGACUCCAUGAUACCCUCAUCCAAUACACGGGCAAACCUGAGACAGUCCUCUAGCACUUUUGAGUUUGAUGGAACAUCUUCAAUGUUCUCUUCAGGUCCUUACUCUGGUCUAAGUGCCUUUGAGAACGAAAAUGUUUCUAGGACUGCAGUUUUCUCUGAAGAUCUUCAUGAAGGACGAUGAAGGUUUUCACCAAAGAAAUGGAGGCUGCAGGCUAGACUCAAGUCUCAAAUCCACCGAGGUGCCAAAGUAUUUAAUUUCAUAAUUUAAGCGAAUUGUUUUGGUCCCACGGCUAGAGGUGAAAAUAUAAGCCCAGGAGUUUUCCUAAAUGAUGGAAGCUUUUUGUUGCUGUUGAGAGUGAUAGAAUUUCAUUAGCAAUGAGUUAGUUGAAGAUGUUUGGCUAAUAUAGCUUGUAUAAAUAGAACAAAAUUAGCCAACUGGUUCAUUUGUUAACUGUAGUCUUGACAUUGAUCAUCAAGAGUUUUAUUUAUCCUUGACAAGAACCAAAGGAAGAUUACUUGUAUUUGUUGUAUUGUAUUUUUCUAAUUGAAUUCGUACAGGGAUUUCUUGGUGGUAACAUUUGGCCAUUUGCCAUCCUUUGUGGUAAACCACCAUAUCUCAUUCUCUUC